AUGGCUAGCUACUUGGGUCUGGAGAGGAUGGACAACGAGUUCGCCUUCUCUAUAGCCUUAGCCGGUCGUGGUCGUCGACGAAAUCAGGCUCUACCGGAUCCCAUGCAGGAGUUACUCAUCUCAUCUUCCUCUCCCAACACUUCGGCUCUGGCCAACUCGGCUACAGCUGCAGCCUUCACACAGGCAUCGCAGUAUCCACCUCCCAGCGGUGUAGCCUCUACAGCCUCGACUGGCCAGACCACGCACGUCGACACCCACACUGACAUCAACGGCCCCAUCAACCACGUAUUGGUGGGCAACUCGACUGUUGGUACCACUUCGGCAGGUCACCAUUUGCUCGACCAGCCCAUUAAAUUGAGCCCCACAAACAGACAUAUUUUGGCCCCCGACAAGCCGCGCCUCCACCCCGCCGACUACAUGUUGUUUGAAGGCUCGACCCGUCAUGACGACCUUCCACCUGCGGCACACCCCAUCGUGCUACACUCAGCCAUGCCAACCUCCGUCGGACGUCUGCCAGGUCUUUUUACCAGUCAGGCCCCAGCCAGCCGGUUUCAACUAACGCCAACCUCGGCUUCCACGCCCGUCUACAACAUGUCCUCCUUGCCGCCGGUAGCCCAUCGCUUUCCAGCCGGACUGGGCCUCUCCGAGGGCAAACGUACCUCGAGUGAGUCGUCGAGUCUGGUCUUUGAGAUCAGAGAUGAUGCAAAUUUGACAGCUGGUGAAGAAGAGGGGGAGGAGGAAGAAGAGGAGGGGGAGGACGGAGAUGAAGAAGACGAGGACGACGAAGAGGAAGAGGAAGAAGAAGAUGAAGAAGAGGGUGUGGAAGAUCAUGAAGACGGGGAUGAAGUGAACAUGGAUGAGGACGAUGGAGAUGAAGAGGAUGAGGCUGAGGAUGUUGGGGCUGAUGAGAUGGGUGGCAGAAAAAGAAGAGGCAUCUCGGUGCUAAUGGACGAGCAAUAUGCGUCUUUUUAUCGAGCCCCCUUGACUCCAAGUCUGUCAGAGCUAAAUGGCAUUACGACUGGCGCACUCGUCGAAGCGACUCGCACGGCCCAUUCCACAAUGUCUGGUACGGCAUCAACUCUCGUGACCAGUGCGAUCGUCAACAUAACACCCAACAACGCGUCCAACUUUUCCGUCGGUUCAGGAAACACACAGACCUUCUCUUCACCAUCCCCGCCACUCUCUUCUUUUUCCCCUUGCACGUCUGGUGCUGCUGCCCAACUGCAGGCAAACACCACCUCCACACCGACGUCUACCCCAACACCAAUACCAAUGCUGCCGAGUCAGGCAACCACCACUUCCAGAAGUAGUAGUGGCAGCGCUGGCAGCCUCAUGAUUGCCUCGUCUGCCGGUUCAGCCGGUGGAAUAGCCACUGCCACCGUCAAAAUGCCCUCCAGUCCGGAACCUCACGAGGGUCUAGGCAACAGAAUCAGCCCAACCAGACAUUCUCAGGGCAAUGACUGCUACCAUGGCACCGACCUUGUUACAGCCUCUAAACUGUACGAACAUGACGUUGUCAGGUCGCUUCACUGCCUCAGUCAACCCUUCCACUCGUCGGGACUACACGUCUCACCGGUUCCAACAGGAGGAUUCGACCACUUUCACGAGCUGGGGAUGCUUCCAUCCAGGCAACAGGGGUAUCGGCAUCAGGAUCAGUGCUACCAACACAAGCAUCAACAUUUGCGUCAAAGGCACGACCCGGCUGACAACAACAGUGUUGUCAGUGCAAGUAGCAGUUGCAGUAGGAGCAGUAGCACAGGCCUAGGACUUGACCCAGACGAGCAGGAGCCUGAACGACAGUCUUCAGGAAGUGGGCUGCGUCUAGACAAGCUGAGCCCAUCAAAGCUCGAUGAAACUGAAAAAGACUGUAAGACAUUGAAAACUAAAUAUCAUUAA